UGCUGGCGGGAAAGAAGUAGUGAUGGGCAGAGUUGUUGCGCCUACAUCAACACUUCCUGCUUCGGAAAGAUAUUCUGGAAACUUCGAUGUUUGGCAUAUUCUCUGGUGGAGCAUAGAUACUUCGAGACUUUCAUCAUUGUCAUGAUCCUGUCGAGUAGUAUUAGUUUGGCCAUCGAAGAUAAAAACAUUGAGGACCGCAAGACGAUCAAGUUCGUGCUGAAGGUCCUGGAUAGAACCUUCUCCAUCAUCUUCAUUUUUGAGAUGUGCUUCAAAAUUUUGGCCUACGGUUUCCACAAAUAUUUCACCGACGCCUGGUGCUGGCUGGAUUUCAUCAUCGUUUUUAUAUCCAUAAUAAGUUUGUGUGCAGAAGGGGCUGGCAUGGGUAACAUUGGGGCAUUCAGGGCCCUUAGGACGUUGAGGGCCUUAAGACCUUUGAGAGCUGUGUCUAGAUGGGAGGGUAUGAAGGUAGUAGUGAACGCCCUUAUUCAAGCCAUUCCCGCGAUUUGCAACGUCCUACUCGUCUGUCUGGUUUUCUGGCUCAUAUUCAGCAUCAUGGGCGUCAAUCUAUUCGGCGGUCGGUAUGCCGGUUGUAUCGACCGGAAUACCGAGAAGUUACUGAAUGUCUCGAUAGUCGCAAACGAGUCUCAGUGUUUGGAGUUGAGUUAUUACAAUUACUCUUGGGUCAACCCCAACAUCAAUUUUGAUCACGUCCUAGUGGCUUAUCUGGCGCUUUUUCAAGUUGCCACAUUUAAAGGCUGGGUGGAUAUUAUGAACAAAGCAGUAGACAGCAAGGAACCCGGACUUCAACCGGAAAGAGAAUGCAGGGUCUACAUGUUUCUCUACUUCGUGUUCUUCGUGGUCUUUGGGUCAUUCUUUACCCUCAACCUUUUCAUCGGGGUCAUCAUUGAUAACUUCAACAUGCAGAAACGAAAGGCCGGUGGCUCCAUGCAGUUGUUCAUGACGGACGAUCAGAAAAAAUAUUACAACGCCAUGAAGAAGUUAGGCUCGAAACAACCAAGGAAACCCAUUCCCAAACCU